AGCAUCUUCUUCCUCUCUGUCAUUGCGAUUUCCGAGUGGUGGGUCUUCUAUUUCGGUCCCCAUUCGUGUCGGAAGCGCUAUUCGCACCGUUUCGAGCCUGCCUUUUGGGUCUGCGGGGGGUUUGUCUUCUCCGCCGUCCCUCUCAUCUCUCCCUGCGGAAGGAGGGCAACAAAGAUGGCGGCGAUGACGAGCGCGCUCAUAGCGAUCGCGGGAGUGGUGCUGGGUUGGAUCGCCAUCGAGAUCGCUUGCAAGCCUUGCCUCGAACGAGGCCGGGAAGCCAUCGACCGGUCCCUCAACCCCGAUUACGACCCCGACGACGACCGCGACGGCAAUGCUCGCGCCCCUCUGAUCGCUCCCGACCCUAGCCCCGACCCCCUGGAUUCGGAGCCGAAGACGCCCAUCGACGCCGCACCCGCCGUUCCUUCCAAGAUCGCGUGAUCCAUGCUCUCUUGCUCUUCUGGGUUUCGACGAUUCGUCCGAUCCGCGAUUGUUCUUCUGCUCCGAUUCGAUGUUCUCUCCGUUUUGCUGUGAUUUUUGUUGUCUGGGUUUGUAAUCUGUCCGCAAAUUGAAAGGAAGGGAAGGGGAUGGAAUAUGUGCAUUUUCAUUUUGAUUUCAGAUUUUGUGCUUUUUUUUUUUAAUUAUUGUUAAGAUGGUGAAAUUGUCAAAUGAAAAAGAAAGGGGCCAGUUAUAUAUGGGAUUUCUUAUACAGUAUUGUA